AUCUGUCUUGGCGAGUAUCAAAGCGUCUAUACACUUCGGGAUCCAAACUAUAGUGGAUGCCCAGUUAUCCGUGACAUUGAUUGUUAGUGUCUAAAAAUAAACUACUUUACUGGAUAUCUUUACAUUUAUAUAAGACAACACAGGUUAAAAUAUAGUACGCUCGGUGUCAAGGGAGGUUUUGAGUUGGAGGUUAUAUAACGUUCAGAUUAUAGAGUGACAUAGAAAUAUGGGUGGUAGUCCCUCGUUUCCGAUUGUACCGAUCGCGAAGGAUCGAAUUUUUAUAGUAACGGGAGCGAAUACCGGGAUUGGUUAUGAAAUUGCUAAAUGGUCUGCCAUGAUGGGAGCCACUGUGAUCCUAGCUUGUCGGUCAGAAGAACGAGCAAGAAAAGCUAUGGAGACGAUGCAAGAGGAAUUUAAAACUGAAAAAGAAAAAGGAACAACGGGCUUAACUGAUAGUCCAACACUAGCUAUUGAAUUCAUGAAACUGGACCUUGCAUCGUUUCAGUCAGUGGUAGAAUUUUGUGAGGAAUUUAAGAAAAGUGGCCGUCAGCUUCACGUGUUGUGUUGUAAUGCGGGUCUCGGUGCCAAUUCUUAUAAACAAACUUCGGACGGACUUGAAAUAAUGUUGCAGGUUAAUUACCUUAGUCAUUUCAUCAUCAUUGCAAAGUUAUUAUCGAUAAUGCGACGGUCUGGACCAGAUUGUCGUAUUGUACUUACAUCAAGUGGCUUUCAUAAAGGUGGGACAUUUGACUUGACAACAAUGAAUUAUACUGGCAAUGCCAGAAGUUUUCCGGAUCUAAAUUACUACGGGCGAUCGAAGUUGUAUCAAGUCAUGCAAGCUUUUGCGAUGUCACGCCGGUUUAAAGACUCAAACGUUGCCGUCAACAGCAUGCAUCCUGGUUUUGUGGACUCGGAAUUUUUCAGGGAUGUUACAGGCAUUGCAAAAUGUUGCUUCGCGUGUUUUCGAACUUGUGGUGCUAUGAAAAAUACUUUAGAAGGAGCAACCUGCGGCAUUGACCUAGCUACGAAUCCGAAACAUGCCGGAGUGUCAGGGCAUUACUGGGUGAAUUGUAAGAUCACAACACCAUCUAGCACGUCACGUGACGAGCAAAAACAAGAGAUGCUGUGGAAAGAAACAUUCCCUUUCAUUCAAAAGUACCUGACGGAAGAGGAAAUUGCAGAUAUGGAAGGAAAAUCCCCAAACCGUUUGUAAUUUGAAAUAUAGAAAUUUAUUUAGAGUAAUCAUGGUUUACCAAGCGGAAUUAAUGCCAAGCCUUUCAAAGUA